AUGACCACAGAGACAAUCGUGGUCUCAACAACCGUUUGUCUUGUCACUGAGGAUUUCCGUUCUACCUCAACAGACUUGCCUGAUUCUGCAAACAGAGGUGCGGAAGAGAGCGGCGGGUCAUCACAAAAGCAAUCGACCACUUCUACUAUCGUCCAUACUCGAACUGCUACUAUAAAAGCCUGCCCUUCUGAUGUGGUCGAUUGUCCCGCCUCCGUGAAGAGCACCUACGUUACGACAGAAACGAUCGUGGUUUCCACUACUAUUUGUCCGGUCACUGCUACUGAAACUACCUCUUCGUACUCUGGUACUACUCCCAACCAUUUGGAGACAGCCGCCUCAAGUGUGUCCACGUCAACCGUCCUGGCCACCCUUAUAUCUACGAUGAAUGCUUGUCCGUCAACAGUCACAGAUUGUCCCACUACAUUUGUCAGCUCUGAGACUAAGGUUGUGCCUACUGUUUUGAUUACGGCGGAAUGGACAGUUAUCUCCACCGGCGUUGCCUCGGAAAUCACCGCCGGUGAAACUUCUGUAACCUUGACUGGCGCCGAAGUUGCAACCCCUGUAUAUGCUUCCUCGAUUACUUCCGGGCGUGAGACUCAUGGACAGCCUACCUCCACAAAAAGCACCUUUGCUACAUCUGCACCUGCUCAUUCCGUCUCAUCUAAAUUGAGAAUCGUCGGCACUGCGAGUCAAUCAACUACAGGCGCUGUCCGUACCGGCUCUGCUUCAUCCAAAUGGGGGCUGAAAUCUCUCCAUUGCUCUCUGUUCUUGGGUGUCGCCUCUUUCAUGCUUUUGUCAUUCCGUUAG